AUGGCAGCUGCGGCCACCUCCCCUCUAACUCCCCAUCACCUGCCCCUCCUUCUCCUCUGCGUCCUGCUCCUCCUGCCAGCCGCUGACGCCCAGACGACACUGAAGAUCACCAACAGGUGCCCCUACACCGUGUGGCCAGCCGCCACGCCUGUGGGUGGUGGCAUGCGGCUGGACCCAAGGACGACAUGGACCUUCGACGUGCCCGAUAACACCAAAGGAUGGCAAGUAUGGGCACGCACGGGCUGUUCAUUUGACAUCAAAGACAAGGGAUCGUGCCAGACGGGUGACUGCGAUGGCGUGCUCGCCUGCAAGGGCCCUGGUAAGCAACCCUUCACGCUCGCGGGGUUCGUGCUCAACGGGUUUGAGCACAAAAGUUUAUUCUACAUCUCCCUCGAAAACGGCUUGAACAUACCCAUGGAGUUCCUGCCAGUACGGGUCGAGGGGGAAAAAGAAAGGUGCAGGGGGGCACGCUGCGUGGCCGACAUCACAUCGCAGUGUCCGAGCGAGCUCAGGGUGCCAGGAGGCUGCAACAACACAUGUCCAGUGGUAUCCCAAUUGCUGUGUGGACACGGCAAAUACUCAUGGUUGUUUGUUCGGAAAUGCCCAGAGGCAAUCAUCGACUCAAGUGAUAUUGCCACAGUAAACACAUUCAGGUGUCCAAGGAGAACCAACUACCAAAUCAACUUCUGCCCUUCGAUCAAUCUAACGACUUCACCUCCUCUGCUUUCAUCAAAGCCUCCUAGUCCUCCUGACUCAAUUGCUAUUGGGCCAGCAAGAACAGGAUUCUCGCCCAGAAAAUUAGGCUCAGUUGCUCUGAUUGCACUUGCAGGAUCUUUAGUCAGCUUCAUUUUAGUUGCCGCAUUCAUCCUUUUCGUUGUACAUCGAACAAGGACACGGCGACACCAUGAGAUGGAGGAAGAGGAGGUAGAGUUUGGAAAGCUACAAAGAACACCAAUGAGGUUCACGUUUCAACAGUUAGAAGUAGUGACCGAGCAGUUCAAAGACAAGCUUGGGGAAGGAGGAUUUGGUUCUGUUUUCAAGGGACGGCUAGGUGAGGAAAGGAUUGCGGUAAAACGCUUGGAUCGAGCUGGUCAAGGAAAGAGAGAAUUCUUAGCAGAGGUUCAGACAACUGGCAUCAUUCAUCAUAUCAAUCUGGUGAGACUGUUUGGUUUAUGUGCAGAGAAAUCCCAUAGGCUCGUGGUCUAUGAGUAUAUGCCCAAAGGAUCUUUGGACAACUGGAUCUAUUGUCGACAUGAAAACACUGCUCCUCCGUUAGAAUGGAGAGCGCGAUGCAAGAUUAUCAUGAACAUAGCUAAGGGUCUCUCUUAUCUUCAUGAGGAUUGCAUGCAGAGAAUUGCUCAUUUGGAUGUCAAACCACAAAAUAUCCUCAUAGGUGACGACUUCAAUGCUAAAAUUUCUGAUUUUGGUCUGUGUAAGCUCAUUGAUAGGGAUAUGAGCCAAGUGGUUACGAGAAUGAGAGGCACACCUGGAUAUUUAGCCCCUGAAUGGUUGACAUCACAUAUCACGGAGAAGGUCGAUGUCUAUAGUUUCGGCGUGGUGGUCAUGGAAAUCGUCAGUGGAAGAAAGAACCUUGACACUUGCCGGUCCGAAGAGAGCAUCCAUCUUAUUACCCUAUUGGAAGAAAAGGUGAAGAACGGUCACUUGGUAGAUUUGAUUGACAAGAACAGUAAAGACAUGCAAGCACACGAGCAGGAUGUAAUUCAGAUGAUGAAGCUAGCAAUGUGGUGUUUGCAGAUCGAUUGCAAAAGAAGGCCUAAAAUGUCCGAGGUAGUCAAGGUCUUGGAAGGUACCAUGGAUGCAGAGAGCAAACUAGAUCAUAACUUUGUUGCAACAAACCAAGCGAAUUUUGGCAUUGCUGCAAAUGUGACCUCUUUGGCUGCACCUCUAGCCUCACAUCUAUCAGGCCCCAGGUGA